AUGGCUUCCUCAAACCACCAACAUUACGUCUUUCUUCUCAUCCCACUCUUGAUCACUGUCUUUAGAAGUGUUGUCUCCUCUAAUGUCUUCAUCAAAUCAGCAAUAUACCCUUUUGACUGCUCUAAUCACAUUCAGACGUGUAAUUCUUUUGCAUAUCACAUCUCUAGAGGCUACUCAAUUGAACAAAUAGCCUCCUUCUACUCAGUGAACACAUCUGAUAUUACCCCCAUAUCCCGUGACCUCAAACAAGAUUAUAUUGUAUCGGUUCCCUGUAGUUGCAAAGAUGUAAAUGGCACCCGUGGAUACUUCUAUGACAUUAUUUAUGAAGUGCAAUCAGGUGACACAUUUUUUAAUGUCUCUGGUGAGUUUUAUAGUGGUCAAGCUUGGGAGGUUGCACGAGUAGAGCAGCUGUUUGUUACUGGAGAUAGGAUAACAAUUCACCUUGUAUGUGGAUGUGUUGAAGUGGAAUCUCAAGAGGUGGUGACAUAUACAGUUCAAGAGCAUGAUACUUUAUCAGAGAUUGCUGAACUUCUAUCAGCUGAGAUCAGUGGGAUUGAGAAAUUAAAUGACAGAUUGACUCAGGAUCCAAGUUUUAUAGAUGUUGGAUGGGUGCUAUUUGUGCCGAGACAGAAAAGAGGAUUUCGAGCCCGCAGGCGAGGAAAAGGACACAGAUUGAUAAUAAUUGUAAGCCUACUGUCAGCAGCCACUUUGUUUUCAGUAUGCGCAUUGAUUCUAUUCUUUCUAAGAAGAAACAGAAACCUUGUAAGCAGAGAAGAAGAUCCAAAAGCUGGUAGUAAAAUUCUAAGUGCAAGGAAAACCUCCUUGCAGCAGCGCCUUCAUGAACAAGACAUUGAAGACAUAGCGACCUUUGAUUCUGAAAGACCAGUUAUAUAUAGUGUGGAGGAGAUCGAGGAAGCCACAUGUAACUUUGACGACAGCAUGAAAAUUGGAGAAGGUGGAUAUGGUAGUGUAUAUGUUGGUACUUUAAAAGAACAGGUAUGGAAAGUAGCAAUUAAGAAAAUGAAAUCUAGCAGGUCAAAGGAAUUUAUCUCAGAGCUUAAAGUAUUGUGCAAGAUACAUCACAUAAAUGUGGUGGAGCUGCUAGGAUAUGCAAGCAGCGACAACCACUUCUAUUUGAUAUAUGAGUAUGUUCAGCACGGAUCACUCAACGAACAUCUUCAUGACCCCCUAUUGAAAGGUCGAUCGCCCCUUUCAUGGAUUGCAAGAGUCCAUAUUGCAGUUGAUGCUGCAAGGGGGAUUGAAUAUAUUCAUGAUCACACAAAAGCACGGUAUGUGCACCGUGAUAUAAACAACAUUCUACUUGAUCAGGGACACAGAGCAAAGGUAGCAGAUUUUGGACUGGCAAGGCUAGUAGAAAGAUCAAAUGAAGAAGAUUUUGUAGCAACACGACUCGUUGGAACGCCAGGUUAUAUCGCUCCUGAAUCCGCGCGUGAGCUACAAAUGACAUCCAAAACUGAUGUGUUUGCAUUCGGAGUAGUUCUAGCAGAGCUUGUAACUGGUCAGUGUGCGCUUGCUCGUGACAAGAAGGAACCAAACAAAUUGAAGUCAUUGAUCUCAGUUAUAAAAACAAUAUUCCGACAUCAAGACUCAGAAGCUGCAUUGGAAGCCGAUGUAGAUCCUAAUCUAAGUGGAAGCUAUCCCAUGGAGCAAGUCUACAAGAUGGCAGAAUUAUCUGAAAAUUGUUUGAGUGAAGAAGCAGCAGACAGACCAGAAAUGCGAGAAAUUGUACAAACACUAUCCCAAAUCUUGAUGUCCUCAGUAGAAUGGGAAGCCUCCCUUAGUGGAGCCAGCCAGGUUUUCACAGGCUUGUAAAAUGGAAGAUAG